AGGAAGGCCUACAUAAAGGUUGCCUCUCCAUCCCUUCGCUCCCGGGGACCCUCGGAAAAAACCCAACACCCCGGCCCCGCGGCUAGCCCCUUCCCCCAGGCUCUCUCCGCUCGAUUUCGCCACCGUUAUGUGGGAAGCGAAUCCGGAGAUGUUUCACAAAGCGGAAGAAUUCUUACCCAAGAGGACGGAUAGUGAAAUGGAUGAGAUGGACACGUCGGACACCCAAUGGGGCUGGUUUUACCUGGCGGAGUGUGGGAAGUGGCACAUGUUUCAGCCGGAUACCAACAUUCAGUGUUCAGUUAGCAGUGAAGAUAUCGAAAAAAGCUUCAAAACAAACCCUUGUGGCUCCAUUUCUUUUACUACUUCCAAAUUCAGCUACAAGAUAGACUUUGCAGAAAUGAAGCAAAUGAAUCUCAUCACUGGAAAACAGCGCUUAAUAAAAAGAGCCCCCUUUUCUAUCAGUGCUUUCAGUUACAUCUGUGAAAAUGAGUCCAUCCCUAUGCCCCCACACUGGGAGAAUGUGAACACCGACGUGCCCUAUCAGCUGGUUCCUUUGCACAGUCAAACACACGAGUAUAACGAAGUUGCCAGUCUCUUUGGGAAAACAAUGGACCGUGGCAGAAUUAAAAGAAUUCAGAGAAUUCAAAACCUGGACUUGUGGGAGUUCUUCUGCAGGAAAAAGGCUCAGCUCAAGAAAAAAAGAGGCGUGCCUCAGAUUAAUGAACAAAUGCUCUUUCAUGGUACCAGCAGUGAAUUUGUGGAAGCAAUUUGCAUUCAUAACUUUGACUGGAGAAUAAAUGGUAUACAUGGUGCUCUCUUUGGGAAAGGAACCUAUUUUGCUAGAGAUGCUAUUUACUCCAGUCGCUUCUGCAAAGACGACAUAAAACAUGGAAACACAUUCCAAAUUCAUGGCGUCAGCUUGCAACAGCGGCAUCUGUUUAGAACGUAUAAAUCUAUGUUUCUCGCUCGAGUGCUAAUUGGAGAUUACAUAAAUGGAGACUCCAAAUACAUGCGACCUCCUUCCAAAGAUGGGAGCUAUGUGAAUUUAUAUGACAGCUGUGUGGAUGAUACCUGGGACCCAAAGAUCUUUGUGGUGUUUGAUGCCAACCAGAUCUAUCCUGAGUACUUAAUAGACUUUUAUUGA